UCGUCUUUCUAGAAAAUAAAUUCCAAGAGAGCAGGGACCGUGCCUUAAUUAUCUCUAUAUCCUGAGCAUCAAGUGCAAUGCCUGACACAUUGAGAAGAGACACUGAAGGUUCAUUAUAUUGACUAAGGCAUGUAUAUAUGUGUUAGGACUCUGUGCAGGUGAUAGAAACUGGCUGAAAGAAUGUAAUUGAUUACCUCAUGUUACUGGGAUAAGCUUAGCUUUAAGGAUGGCAUGGUCCAGUGGUUCACAGGAUGUUAUAAGAAAUUAUAUUUUUCAUCUUUUGGUUUUGCUUUCCUUUGAGUUUGUUUGCAGCUCUUUACAUGGAGCAACACCUGGCAAGUGAGUGGGCCUCUUUGGCCAGAGCUGUGAGGAACUAAAGGGGAGAUAGGGUUAGCCUGCCUAAUUAACACAGAAUGGACAAGCAUUGGUUCUGCAAAGCCUGCUUGAAUUUCCUGAAGUUGUGCAAAAUAAAAUAUUACAAUUAUUGCCUUAUUCACAAUGUACAGAGGGAUUUUAUCAUACAAACUGGCGAUCCUACAGGGACUGGCCGUGGAGGAGAGUCUGUUUUUGGUCAACUGUAUGGUGAUCAAGCAAGCUUUUUCGAGGCAGAAAAAGUGCCAAGGAUUAAGCACAAGAAAAAAGGCACUGUAUCCAUGGUAAACAAUGGCAGUGAUCAGCAUGGAUCUCAGUUUCUUAUUACUACAGGAGAUAAUCUAGAUUAUCUUGAUGGUGUCCAUACAGUGUUUGGUGAGGUGACAGAAGGCAUGGACAUAAUUAAGAAAAUUAAUGAGACCUUUGUUGACAAGGAUUUUGUGCCAUAUCAAGAUAUCAGGAUCAAUCAUACAGUGAUUUUAGAUGAUCCAUUUGAUGACCCUCCUGAUUUAUUAAUUCCUGAUCGAUCACCAGAACCUACAAGGGAACAGCUAGAUAGUGGUCGAAUAGGAGCAGACGAAGAAAUUGAUGAUUUCAAAGGAAGAUCAGCUGAAGAAGUAGAAGAAAUAAAGGCAGAAAAAGAGGCCAAAACUCAAGCUAUUCUAUUAGAAAUGGUGGGGGACCUACCUGAUGCAGAUAUUAAACCACCAGAAAAUGUGCUGUUUGUAUGUAAAUUGAAUCCAGUGACCACAGAUGAGGAUCUGGAGAUAAUAUUCUCAAGAUUUGGACCAAUAAGAAGUUGUGAAGUUAUCCGAGAUUGGAAGACUGGAGAAUCCCUCUGUUACGCUUUCAUUGAAUUUGAAAAGGAAGAAGAUUGUGAGAAAGCGUUCUUCAAAAUGGACAAUGUACUUAUAGAUGACAGAAGAAUACAUGUGGAUUUUAGCCAGUCUGUUGCAAAGGUUAAAUGGAAAGGGAAAGGUGGAAAAUACACCAAGAAUGAUUUCAAGGAGUAUGAAAAGGAACAGAAUCAACCAUCUAAUUUGGUUCUGAAAGAUAAAGUAAAACCCAAACAAGAUGCAAAAUAUGAUCUUAUAUUAGACGAGGAGGCAGAAGACUCAAAAUCAAGUCACUCACACACAAGUAAAAAACACAAGAAGAAAACCCGUCACUGCUCUGAAGAAAAGGAAGACGAGGACUACAUGCCAAUCAAAAAUACGAAUCAGGAUAUCUACAGAGAAAUGGGAUUUGGUCACUAUGAAGAAGAAGAAAGCUGUUGGGAGAAGCAAAAGAGUGAAAAGAGAGACCGACCUCAAAACCGAAGUCGUAGCCGAUCUCGAGAAAGGGACGGCCACUAUAGUAAUAGUCACAAAUCCAAAUACCAAACUGAUCCCUAUGAAAGAGAAAGGAGUAAAAAGAGAGACCGAAGCAGGAGUCCCAGGAAAUCCAAAGAUAAAGAAAAAUCUAAGUACCGAUGAAAGAUGAAGAAGCAGACAUGAGAGGCUAAAAUAUUUACUCUUGUCUAACUUAGAGCACUAGACGUUCAGAGUUUUGUCAGAGCAGUUAAAGACUGCUUAUUUGUUUUUUCUUUUUUCCACACUAAGAUUAUGGCCCUUUUAGAUUAAUAUUGAUUGUAUAGGGCACAGAAAGACAAUAAAGAAUUGAACAUUUCUUUGUAUACUUUUUUACCUUAAUGUUAUUGUUAUACCUAAAUAGUCUUCAUUUUUCAAGUCUUUUGCAUUUUCAACUUUUUAAAAAUGAAGUUUUUCAUACCUACAAAAAUACACAAACAUGUAUAUAUAAGGUAUAAAGAAUAAUAAAUAUCUGUGUACCCAUCAAGCCAGCUUAGGAAAUAAACAUUACCUGCGUUUUAGAAGUCCCUUAUGUGCCCUCAACUUCUCCAGUUAUUGUUAUUAUGAAUUUUAUGUUUGUUAUUCUCUUGCUUGUUACAGUUUUAUAGGAUAUGUAUGUAUCCCUAAAGGAAGUGUUAAGUUUUAUGGUUUUGAAUUUUAUAUAAAUGGUAUAAUGUAUGUUUACUUCUGUGACUUGCUUUUUUUCAGCUUAGUACUUUUUGAGAGUCAUUCAUUGUUACUGCUGUAUAGUUUUAUACUAGACCACAAUUUAUCUUUUCUGUCGAUGGACAUUUGGGGUUGGUCGGUUGGUUCUGUUUUUGCUUUUGCAAACAAUGCUGCUAUGAACAUUGUAUAUCUAGGAGGGCUAUUGCUUGCUCACGUGGCUUGGAUCUUCAUCUUUACAGGAUAAUGCCAAAUUCUAUUCUACAGCGGCCGUACCAGGUUAUUCCCUGCCAGCACUGCCAGUUUCCUUUGUUUCAGCAUCAUCUCCAACACUUAAUUUUAAACUUUUUAAAUUUUGCCAGUCUAGUGGAUGUUAGGUGAUAUCUUUUUGUUGUUUCCAGCAAGCAGGCUAUUAUUCUUAUCUUUGUCCUUCUAUAUGUAAUGUGUUCUUUUUCUCUGGCUGCGUUUAAGUUUUAGAUUUUUAAACAAUUUGAUUAUGGUGUGUGCUGGGUGUCUUUUUUUUUCAUGUUUCUUCUGCUGGGGCUAUUUACCUAUGGUUUUGUGUUUUUCAUCAAAUUUGGAAAACUUUUGUCUAUUAUUUCUUCAAUUAUUUUUUUCUGUUUCUCCCCUCCCUUCUUUUCUAUCUGGGACUCUUGUAUGUUAAGCCACUUUAAAUUGUCUUGCACUAUGCUGAUGCUCUGUUCUUUGUGGCUUUUGAAGAGUUUUUUUCUCUUCGUAUUCCAAAUUGGGUAGUUACCAUUGCUGUGUCCUCAAGUCCAUUAAUCUUUUCUCCUGAAGUAUCUAAUCUGUUAAUCUCAUUCAGUGUAUUUUUCACCUCAGACGUAUUUUUAAACUUUAGAAAUUUUAUUUUAAUAUUUUUAUAUUCUCAGUUUCUUAAAAUGCUCUUGAUUCCCUCUUUUUUGGGGAACAUCCGGAGUAUAUUUUAAUAGCUGUUUUCAUGUACUCACGUACUUGACUAUUCUAGCUCUGUCGUUUCUGGUCUGCGUCUGUUGGUUGACAACCUCUCUCCCCCCCCGCCCCCCUCAAUUAUUGAGUUGUAAUUUCUUUCUUUGCAUGGUAAUGUUUGGAUUUUACAUUGCUGGCUGCCGAAGUUUUUAUAUUACUUUAAAUAUGUUGAGUUUUUAUCUGGGACAUAAGCAACUUGGAAGCAGUUUGAUCCUUUCGUAGCUUGCCUUUAAGCCGAAUGAGGCAGGACCAGAACAUCCUUUAGCAAGGGUUAAUUUGGCCCGCUACUGAGAGAACAUCCUCUGAAUAAUCUUCCCUAGGCCUGGUCUCAUGAGAUUUUUCUGCUCUGGCUGUUGGAAACAAGAACUAUUCUGAUCCCUGUAUGAACUUCCAAAUUGUACCACCCGUUCUUUCCUGGUGGUUCCUUCCCACCCUUGGGUAGUUUCCUCACUUGCAGACACUGGUUAGCGUUCAGCUGAAGACUCGGGAACUCUAUAGAUCUGCGGCUACCUCCUCCGGUACUCUGCCCUAAAAUUUUUACUUCGGCUCCCCUAAAUUCUCUACCCAGGGAUACUCAGGCUCUUUUUGGAGGCAUGUGCUUAUCCUAGGGCUACAGCCUGGAAACCAUGCAGUAAGUUCGGGCAGUCAUGGGGCUUUCCUUGUUUUCUUUUUUUAAAGAGUUGCUCUUCACUGACUGUUGCCUAGUGUUUGAAAACCUUGUGUAUAUUUUGUACAGGUUUUUAGUUGUUUAAGAUGGCAAAGGUAAGUCUUGCCCCUGUUACUCCAUUUUAGCCAGAAUGGAAGUCUCGUUUCAAUCUGCAUUUCCUAAGUGCUAACAGGGUUGAUCCUGUUUUCAUUUAAUAUUCAUUCCUGAUUGCUCUCUGUGAAAGCUUUUUUUGUGUAUUUUAUGUUGUCUUUUCCUUCUAGGACAUAUUUUAUGUCUUUUGUGUAUUUUAUGUUGUCUUUUCCUUCUAGGUUUCUUUAAGGAGUUUUUAAAUAUAGAUUGUGGAUUUUAAUCCAUUUCGUCGCAGUCUUUAUUGAAAUGUAAUAGACAAUUAGUUGCUUGUAUUUACCUCGUACAAUUCAAUGAGGUUUUUUUUUUUUU